CGCCUGUAUAUCAUAAUGAUUUAAUGUAGAUAUAGUUAGAACAGAUUCUUGAAUUAUGUCAAUUUCAUGUCUAUCAUGUUCACAGUCGAGACAUUGAACUGGGAGUACAUGACUGUAUCUGUAAACGUCUUGCGUAACGUAUGCCACGUGAUCUCACGUUUGGUCACCACUGUUAACAUUAUCGAAUGUAAAAAAAUUUAUUGUCGAUAUAAAUUAUAAAAUAGUAAUUUUUUCUUUUUUUAUAGACGUCGGACUGAAAGUUUAAUUUUUUAUGAAUCUCAUCUCACGAUCGAUUAUGUUUACGAAAAGUUUGUAAAAUUGAUUUAUGAACAAGUCAACUUUUUCUACUGCGCGUUCUCUUUUAACUCUCAAAUAAAAUAAAAUAUCCCAAGACAAUUUUACCAUGGAGCGAACCCUCGUUUUGUGACACAAAAACGUGAUCUUCGUUUGGUGCCGACGUUAGCAUGCGUCGAAUUAAAAAUAGAGACGAUACGUGCGAGUAGUCUACGGGUGAUGAUCCACGCGUUCAACGUACAGUGAUCGCUUUGAGAUCGUCUCGCUAGGGAUCUUCUAUCGAAAAAGAUUAUGCUGCCCGCACCUGCUCGCACAUUGUCGGCCAACGAUGGCCGAUUUAAUCGUAACUUGGAUAUGAGCCAUACUGAUGAUAUUAAUCAAAAAUUUUUUAUACCUCAGGUGAACUUAAUUGACGAGUUCGAUAUACUUCAAAUCGUCGGUGAGGGAUGGUUCGGAAAAAUUCUUUUGACCGAGCAUCGCAGCACGCAAACUGAAAUGGUUUUAAAAGCUCUACCAAAGGCAUAUACUGGUUUAUCGGACUUUUUUCGAGAAUUCCAUUAUGGCUUACAUCUAGCAGCUCAUCGUAACAUCAUAACUACGUACGACGUUGCUUUCGAGACCGCUGGCUUCUACGUUUUCAGCCAGGAAUACGCACCGCUAGGUGAUCUGACGUCGAACGUAACAGAGACUGGUUUGGGCGAGCUACAUGCAAAGCGAGUUGCAAGACAGUUGGCAGCUGCUGUCCAUCAUAUUCACAGUCGCGAGCUUGUUCAUAGAGACAUCAAGUUGGACAAUAUACUUGUCUUUCGAAGCGAUUUUUCGCGUAUAAAGCUUUGUGACUUCGGCGAGACCAGACGCGUUAACACUAUCGUACGAAGACACAACGAGUGGCUUCCUUAUUCUCCACCCGAGGUACUACAGAUCAACACCGAUGAAACCUACAAAGCUCUGACAUCUCACGACGUUUGGCAAUUCGGCAUUGUCCUAUUUGUUUGCCUGACUGGAUGCCUACCAUGGCAGAAAGCAGCAUUGGACGACCCACGGUACACAAGAUAUCUAAACUGGCACAAUGCGACACUAAACAUCGCCAAGAAACCGAAAUUAUUUCAGCUGAUCAGCUCACGGGCACAGAGAAUAUUCAAGAGACUGUUAGAUCCUAAGGCGGAAAAAAGACUUGUUAGCGUACUGGAAAUUAAUAAAUAUUUGGAAGACAGAUGGCUAGCUAAAUUGGGUGCGGAAAAGGCAUUGAAUGGCGGAGCUGAUGAAAGAGAUGAACUUUGUCCAUCCAUGUACAGUUUUCACAGUUCUUUGGAAGAAAAAAAUCAACUCCUUUAUACGCUAACUACUUACGGAAUUGAAACGACUGUUGAUCGAGCAAAAAAGAAGGACCGUAUCAGAGAAUGGAUAGAAGCUAGCGCUAUCAUAGAAGAGAAUGAAGAAGAUGAAUCAGAUAUUAACGAAUGUAUCGAUUUCCAGGAAUUAGAGGAUAAGGAACCAGUGUCUAUGAGAGGUAGACAUUUUCCAGAAAUGCAUCCACCAAGGAAGGAAACGUCUGAGACUAAAAGAAGAAAGAGACGAUCAGAAAUGGUAACAAAAAGGCGUCCUUCGGUGAAACCUGUUGAAAGAAAAAUACCAUUUGCUCCGCAAGUCGCUGAAGAACGCGAAACCAUUGCUCGAUUUGCUAGUUUCCCUAAUGGCGAUCCCAGUCUAGCAAUGAUCAAAAAAGAAGAACAGAACACUGAGGCUAUAGACUUUAAUACUGCACAGGCUAUUAAUGGAAAUAAGAUAGGAUUAAAAAGUGAUUCAACUAUCGAUAAUACAACAUUUUCAUCGACUAACAUCAAUGAUCGUAUCAUUGAUGACUCUUUGAAAGAUAAUGGUAAUACUUCAAGGGACAGCUCUGUGCCAACAACCAGUGGUAAUUACGGUAGCAAUGGUUCAUCAAUUGAUGUCACGGUAGAACGAACCUAUUCAAUACCUAGGAACAGUGCUGUCAAUGGAAAGGCUCACGUUGAAAGUCCUCAAAUUCCAACAAGGAAGUAUCGUGCACAAACAACACCUUUCUCGGAUACGUCAACGCGUUCGAAUGAAAUAAAGUUAAACGAAACAACAAAAAGAAGUCAAUCUAUCAAUACCUUAAUUACAACGCAAUCAGAAAGGUUACCCUUAUCUGAUAACAAAGUGGAAAAAACUACAAAUCAAAAUGUCCCAUCUACUGCUGAAAAAGUUGCUAGUGAUUUUGUGAAGAAAGUAAUAGAGUCGCCUAACUCUUUGACAUCUUCGGAUCUUCAGAAAGAGGUUCAAUCGAUCGAAAAGAAAGAGAAAUUAACUAUUAUACAAGCAACAAAUCCAUUGACUAAGCCUAUUGCAUCUCACUUAGUGAUGCAAAGCUUAAAUGCUUUGCAAAGUGUCAGCAAUACUUCGUUACCUCCAGAAGUUUUGCCUUCACAUUCAAUGGAAAAAAUUUCAUCCACACAAUCAAAGCAAUCGACUUUGAAUAUCGAUACCUUCGUAUCUGGCAAAGAUGUUUUCGAGCAUUAUGGAAUUGCACAAGGUGUUAUCAUAAAAGCUGAAGCUCCUAUCCAUCGUGGUAGCAGUAGAAGAUCGAAGCAUUAUAAAUAAAACAUAGAAGAAAGUUUUCAAUGCACGGCUCCCUUAAUAUCAUCUGAUUUCGUCUUAUACGAUUAUUUUGGGGCAAUGAAAGUUCGACUUCAAAACGCAGAAAGACUCUGCUUACAUAAUAAUACCUGUCAAUUGGCCAAGAUAGUGAAAUUGGCAUGCUUUAUGAAAAAGAAAAUGCCUUCCGCAGAGAGCAAACAAUUUUUUUAAUUAAACGAAAAAAUGCUCUUGGAAUUACGUAACUUUUAUUAUCA